AUGGCUUCAAACAUUGAUCAAGCAGCGACCCAACAGGGUUCGGGGAGCAUGCAGCGCUUUCUGUGUCUCACCAUUCUGGGCUAUCGCAAACCAGGCAUGUCAGAGGAAGAUUAUCGUAACCACAUGGUGAACGUCUCGGCCCCGAUGACCAAGGGCCUGAUGGUCAAGUAUGGCAUAAAGAGGUGGACCCAGAUUCACAACCAAAGCGCCACACGUGCUAUGAUGAGCCAGAUUAUUGACCCGCAAAUGAUCAAUAUUGCAGACUUUGAUUGCUUUAGCCAGGUGGUAUUCGAACGCGUCGAUGACUACAAGCGCAUGAAGCAGGAUCCAUGGUAUCAGGAGCACCUCACACGGGAUCAUGAGAAGUUCGCUGACACCAAGCGGAGCAUGAUGACUAUUGGUUGGGUAGAGGAGUUUGUCAGAGAUGGAAAGGAGGUCGAAAGGGUUGAACAAUAG